AUGCCAAGCACUCUGCUACAUGAUCUUCCAGUGAGGCUGUGUGUGGGCCUGGCCUGUGUCCUGUCUCUCUGGAAUGCAGUGUCUGGCCUCAAAGGAGAAGGCAAGAAAGACAAGGGAAUGACCCUCCUACCUACAACAGAGUCUGGAAACAAAAGCCUCAAGAAGGAGAAGUUUGGACCCGUCCUGUCCUCAGCAGAGUCUGUCUUCAAAGGAGAAGAGAAGACGAUGAAGGGGGUAGAGGUUCUGGCAACUGCAGAACUCCCAGCAAGGUCAGUUGAUCUGUCUGCACUCAACCUGACAGAGCUUGUGAAUGGCAUGCUCCUUAGAGCUUUAAAAGACAGCAAGCAAUUCUUCUCCGUGCUUAGCAUCACUUCUUAUAGCUCAUUUGCCUUUCACAAGGUUUCCGUGGCCGUCUACAACAUUUCCAACCCAAAGAAAGUUGACCCAGCCAAAUUUCUGACCAGGUACUGCUACUGUUUGAGCAAUAGGACUAGUGACUUGUCAGAUUUUACAGCUUUGCUGGUGGACAUCGUUGGAAAUUCUACAAGCUACCUCACUGAGAUUUUUAAGUCCACCUCCAUCCUCUCGGUGAGUCAGACCAAUGAAUCUGAUUGUGUCUUCAUCUGUGUGAUGGCGGGGAAGUCAGUAAGGACUCUUUCUGACUUCUGGGAGAUGGUGGAGAAAUCCCCUGUUAUCAACUAUACAUUUACCAGUGGUGUUCCCAAAGCUUUGGUUGUACCCACCGAGGGAACAGCCGGGACUCCAAGGUUCACAACCCAAAGUCAGCAGUCACUUCUAAGACCAGAUCCUGCACAGUGGGUGUCUGCCCUGAAGACCUUUCCCCAGACAAAGUCAAGUACUCCAUCCCAGAAAGAGGUGACAGAAAACAAAGAGAUGAUUCUAGAGCUUCCUGUUGCAACCACAGCCACACAACCAACCCCAGGUAUGGGGAACAUGGACAGAACACCAUGGGUGACAGACAGACAGACAUGGGCUCCUACAGUAUCUGCGUCUAAGUCCCAGACCACGGAUGAUAGCACAUCUAAAGGACCACCCUGGGCAAGCCUUCCCUCCACAUCAGCCUCCUCUGCAGAUGCCCAGCAGCUCAGGAGCACAAGUAGCCUGGUGCAUCCUUCUGAGCUACUGACCACACCCAGCAGACUAGCACAGCCCAGCAUAGCCUCAGGAACACUGACCGCUGGCACACAGACUCCAAGUCCAACCAAAGCACCAGCUCCUAGAGACCCACAGACAGAUGCUGGUCCUGCAGAGGGGCCAUUCACCCCUGCGUCAGAGCCAGCCCUGGUCCUAGCAGCCCACCGAGUUUCAAGAUGCCCCCAGCCACUCCUCAAAGAGGGGGCCAUUACAGAUGUUCCUCUGUCCCUGGCUAUGAAGAAACUCAACCCAUGCCUGAUGGAACUCUGUCGAUUCUUCCAGCAAUGCCUCUGUGUAAGCCGAAAGCGAGAUCUCAGUUCAGAAGCCAUGAGGCAUUGUCUGGAACACUAUUCCUGGUAUCUGAAAAAUGCGACCCUGAUCUGUCAGAGGGUGAAGAGGGUGUCCUACUCUCACACCUUGAAGCAAAAAUGCCUUGAGAAUGUCUGCAAGUCUGUGUGA